AUGGACCGUGCCUUUUAUACAGCUUCUCUAGACAACGGUGUCAGCAUCGCUUACACUGAUACCAAGCCCGAUGGGAAUGAGAAAGGCGUUGUGGUAUUGAUACAUGGUUUCCCUCAGACUUCGUAUCAGUUUCGAAAAGUCAUUGGUCCUAUCUCCUCAGCUGGAUAUCGCGUGAUCACCCCAGAUUAUCGUGGAGCUGGAUACUCGCACAGAACCCAGACAGGCUUUACCAAGACAGCUAUGGCAUCUGAUAUCCUGAAACUUCUGGACCAUCUCUCUAUCAAAGAUCCAGUCCACAUCGUUGGUCAUGAUAUCGGUGGUAUGAUAGCAUAUACCUUUGCUUCACGAUACUCUGAUCGUACAGCAUCUGUCAUCUGGGGAGAAUGUCCCCUCCCAGGAACUCAAGCUCACGAGGAUACAUGGAAAAUACACGGCGUUCAGCAUUUCCACUUCUGGUUCCACCAAGUUCUCGAUCUCCCCGAAGCUCUCGUCUCAGGCAGAGAGGAGAUCUACCUCGGCCAUUUCUACGACAAAUACUCGUACAACUCAUCAGCAAUUACCCAAGAGGACUUGAACUACUAUGUCAAAAUGUUUAGUCGUCCAGGUGCUCUACGCUGCGGUUUCAAUAUCUAUAGAGAGUUUGGGAAAGAUUCGGAGGAGAAUCGUGAGUGGGUUGCCAGGCAUGGAAAAUGUAAAGUGAAGGCGUUGGGUCUUAAUGGCGGAAUGAAUCAGUUCAGCGAGAUGGCUGAGCAAAUGAUGGGCGAAGUUCACGAAAAGGGGAAUUUUAGUGUUGCUUCGGUGCCUGAGAGCGGACAUUGGAUUGCAGAGGAGAAUCCUGAAGGGUUUGUGAAGGCGGUGCUUGAGUUUGUUGGAAAGGAGUAG